UGUUCUGCCCCCGGGGCACGCGGAAGAGACCAUCGCCGAAGAAAAAGUGGCGGAUGGGGUGCCCAUUGGUAAGAGAGAGAAAAUAAAAAGAAAAAAAGAGAUGAAAAAAAAUAAAUACAUGCGAAUUUUUCUUUGUAUUAAAUUGAUCAGACAUGUUGCAACAUGAUUUUCAUAAUUCUGUGUGAAUGUGUGUGUGUGAGAGCUCUCAAACGUCUCAAAUUGUCCCAAAUUCAGUCCUGUCCCGAAAUUCUCCGAAGUUUCUCUGUCGUCGUGAAGAGAAUUUUCGAGAAUAUUUUCAAAGGAAUUUGACAAGCAUCGUGUUGUUUGGCGGAAAAUUCGUGUACGGGGAAAUUGUCAAGAAAAAGGCUUUGGUCAGCUGCUGAAAAGCAAACAAAUUGUGUUAAGUGAAUGGGAAAAGUGUUCAUUAACCCAAGAAAAGCACAAAUCUGGUGAGAAUUUAGGUUUUUCUCAGUGUUGGGGGUAAAUGGCAACAGGAGAGGAGACGUUCCGUGAAGAAGAAGAUAGUGGAUACAAUCCAGGAAACGAAAGUACCGUAACAAUGACAACUCCUACCGCGUACCGUCCGCGGCUCACAGCGGUCGAAAUGGAGGCACUCAUUCCGGCCUUUGAUCCUGGGCAGAAGAACGGGUUGCUCGCGGUAGAGUGGCUACGAAAGGUGGAUGAUGCAAGAAUGCUCUUCGAUAUGGAUGCACAACAGUCGUUGGUAGCUGCCGUAUUUCGGCUUAAAGGUGCUGCGAAGGACUGGUACGAGGGAAAUCAAGGAGCUAUCAGAUCAUACGCGGAAUUUAAGAAGGAACUUCUUUUGAAUUUUCCGGAGAAACUCUCGAGCGUCCAAAUUCACCAUGAACUGAGGAUGAGAAAGCGAAAGAAAGAGGAAUCAGUGGAGGAGUAUUUUCACUCGGUGGUGAAGCAGGCCCGGAGGAUUAACCUGCGGGAUGACGAUAUCCGGGAAUACCUCAUCGAAGGAAUUCCAAAUGUGAUGGUUAAAGGACUGUUGUUGUCUGCUCCGGCUGGAAAUCUUCCAGACUUUCUUAGCUACAUGAAAAAGGUGGAUAAAAUUGUGACAAAGGAUCGUGAGGAAUCGAGUCCCUCAAGCAGCAAGAGUUCAUCGGAGGAUAGAAAGUAUCAUCCGGACAAGAUGGUGAACAAAAAGAAAGAGACAGAAGAUAGCUCUAGUGAGGCAUCCCAAGGGGAAGAGACACACGAAGUGAACGUGGCGAAGGACAAGAAAGAGGGGGAGACAAAAACUGGAGCACAGAAGAGUGGAAAACGCCGAUGUUUUGCGUGCGGUUCGGAGGAUCAUCUAGUCAAGCAGUGUCCCCGUAAGGAGUAAUGUGAUUAUGAAGUUAACCAUUGACCAUAGUGAGGUCUCGUGAAGGUUGUAUGUCCAAGUAGGGGGAGAUAUUUUGAUGUAGAUGAUUUUGAAAACGCACUGAUGAUGGAAAUUAAUGAAAUCUUUUGGAAAAAUUUCAUGUGAAUCAGGGGGAGCUGACUGUGGUCGCAGCCCGAAGGAAGAAGAAGGAAGAUGUUGGGGAAACUUUUUUUUGAAAUAAAGUAUUUGAAGUAUUGACAUCUUCUGAGCUCGAUGGGUCGUGUCAUUAGACUUUAGGUCUGUGGUUGUGUGUCCCCUUGUGUUAUCUCAUGAAGGCCCUGAAUUAAAGAAUCGAAAUGAAUUAAAA